CACACGACUCAGACUCUGCCGCACUUGCAGUUGCCCCUUGAAGGUAUGGGUCAUCAGUGGGUAAAGAAGGGGAACAGGGUAUCGGCCGAGUAUGUAGAUGGGGUAAAGGAAUUUCUAAAUGUUGCCCGACAAACUUUGAACUCCAACGGGUUAACUUUAUGCCCAUGUGCUAAUUGCCUCAAUACGAGACUGCAAAAGAUAGAUGUCAUUGCUGCCCAUUUGAUUAAUGUAGGAAUUGAUAAGUCAUAUACAUGUUGGGUGUACCACGGUGAGGAUGUAGAGGACGAGGGACCUGAUGAAUUUGUUUUUGAGGAAUCUGCUGGCUUAAGAGCAGGAUUAGAGGAUGCGACUGGUCAUCCAUUGUUUAAUAUUGGGCCUACCAAUGAUUUAAUUGCAAAUCAACAACCAGUUGAUGGAAAUAAUCGUUAUCAGAAGCUGCAUGAAGCGCUAAAUAAUCCCGUGUAUGAAGGAUGCACGAAUUCUUCUACCUUGACAUUUGUUGUGAAGUUGAUGAAUUUGAAAGUGAUGAACAAAUGGACUGAUAAUUCUUUUGAGAUGUUACUGACGACGUUGCAUGGGGUACUUCCUGCUGGUAAUAAUUGUCCGGAGAGCUAUUAUGAUAUUAGAAUGCUGCUUUGUGAAGCUGGUUUAGGUUACGAGCUUAUUGAUGUGUGUCAGUAUGAUUGUGCUAUAUUCUACGGGGACAACAAAGAUGCCAUAACAUGUCCAGUUUGUCAAAGUAGUCGUUAUGUGCGCAACAAAAUUGCGUACAAGAAACUGCGUUACUUUCCGAUAACACCUCGUUUGAAGCGCCUAUAUGCAUCACGCCACACAGCUAAAGAUAUGUGUUGGUGCACUUGUGUCUGUACUUUGUCUGUGUUCGGUCACGGUGUAAAACGAUGUUCCUGUUAG